GUCAGGACCCGUCCCACACUGUGUUACCUCAUCAUUCAUCAGAUCUGGGAAAGCCUUUGCUGGCUCCUCGGCUCUGCUAGCUUCUUGGGGGCACCUCAAUCUCAGCAAGUUGCUCUUGCUCCACCAACCAUGGCGCUCGUGUCUCGUCUCGUCUCAGCAAGCACGGCAAGGGCGACAUUUGGAGGCGGUCGCUUGCCGACGUGCUAGCUUCUUGGUGAUCUUUCCUGGGAGCUCCUUGGUGUUGGAUCUGACGGCAAGGGUGCCUUACUCAGCUAUGCUUCUUGUACUAAGUUUUCUUCCUAAAAGAUCCACACAUUAAUUGAGAGCGAACAUCAACUCUGCCAUGGACGUGGUGACCAGCGUCAUGGGAAGCCUACUCGCCAAGCUGGGUGAGCUGCUUUUGGCGGAGUACAAGCUACAGAAGGGCGUCAAGGAAGACGUCGAGUCCCUUGAGCUAGAGAUGAAGGGCGUACACGCUGCCCUUACAAUGGUGGCAAAGGUGCCAAGGGACCAGCUCGACCAGCAGGUGAAGAUCUGGGCAGAUGAACUCACACGCCUGUCAUACGACAUGGAGGAUGUCAUUGACAACUUCCUGGUGUACGUUGAGGGGUUCGAUCCAGCAGCCAACUCUCACAAGCUCAAAUUGCUAGUGGAGAAAAUGACCAGCUUGUUCACCAAAGGCAAGGCUCGCCAUCAGAUCGCCAAUGCCAUCAAGGACAUCAAGACCCAUGCCAAAGACCUGGCUGACUGGCAUGACAGAUACAGUAAAGUCAAGGACACCAGCAUAAACAACACCAUUUAUCCUUGUCUAGCGGCUUUGUACAAGAAUCAGAAAGACCUCGUUGGCAUUGAAGACGCUCGGGACGAGCUAAUCAAGAGACUGACACAUGGUGAUGGGGAUGUGUCAAAUCAGCAGCUUAAGAUAGUCUCUAUUUAUGGAGCUGGAGGACUCGGCAAGACAACUCUUGCCAAGGCAGUGUAUGAUAGUCUUCAAACAAAAUUUAGUUGCAAGGCUUUUGUUCCGGUGGGUCGAAACCCUCAAGUGAACAAAGUUCUUAAGGACAUCCUCCUGGAACUGGAACCAAGCAAGUCUAUGGGUGAUAUAGCCAUAUUGGAUGAAAGACAACUCAUCAACAAGCUCGGAGAUCUACUUCAAAAUAAGAGGUACUUCAUCGUCGUCGAUGACAUAUGGGAUACAACGGCAUGGGGAAUAAUCAAAUUUGCAUUGUUGGAUAACAAUCUUGGAAGUCGAGUCAUCACAACUACUCGUCUUCAUCAAGUUGCCACAAAGACCGGUGAUGUCUACAAGCUAGAACCACUUUCUCACAAAUUGUCUGAAGAACUAUUCUAUACAAUAUUAUCUGAUGGUAAAGGAAAAUGCCCUUAUGAUCAACCUUCUGAGGUAUCUAAAAAAUUUCUACAGAGAUGCGCUGGUGUGCCGCUUGCUAUCAUUGCAAUAGCUAGUUUGUUGCGUGAUAAACCAAUGGAGAAUUGGUCUAUGCUAUACAACUCUAUUGGUUUUGGAAAUGGAUAUAAUAAAGAUAUUGAUGACAUGAGAAGGAUAUUAAUGUUUAGCUAUGAUGAUCUACCUUAUCAUCUAAGGCCUUGUCUGUUGCAUCUGAGCAUAUUUCCAGAAGACGCUUUGAUCAUGAAAGACACAUUGAUAUGGAUGUGGGUAGCCGAAGGCUUUGUCCAUGAGGAGCCAGGGAUAGGGUUAUUUGAGAUUGGAGAGAGAUACUUUAAUGAUCUCGUAAAUAGAAGCAUGCUCCUGCCUGUAGAGCAGAAACAAGAUAAUGCCAUAGGUGCUUGUCGUGUUCAUGAUAUGGUUCUUGAUAUAAUUUGUUUGUUAUCAAAGGAACAAAAUUUUGUCACCAUACUGGAUAGUAAUGGGAAAUAUUCAUCUUCACAAAGCAAAGCUCGUAGGUUAGCUGUCCAAACAAGAGAUGAAGAGCAGCACAACCAUUUGGUUAACAAGAGCAUGCCAAAGCUGAGAUCAUGUUAUGCCAGCAUGUGUCAUAUAAGUAUGAUGCCAUCACUUUCAUGCUUUCAAGUGUUACGUGUUCUAGAUAUGAAGAACUGCAAAUUUCUGGAAAACUGUCAUCUUGAGCAUCUUGGAAAGUCACAUCUGUUGAGAUACUUAAGUCUAGAGAACACAAAUAUUAGUGAGCUCCCAAAAGAUAUAGGAGAUCUAAAGUUUCUGCAGACACUAGACUUGAGGAACUGCAAGAUAAAAGGAUUGCCGCAGAGUACUAGUUUGCUGAGGAAACUUAAGUGCCUGCGUGUUGGCAGCAUGCGCUUGUGCACUGAUGGUUUUGAACAUAUUUGUAUUGAAGCGCCGAAUUGGAUAGGGAACCUGACAUCCCUGGAAGAGCUAUCUUUGAAAAUUAGUGGCGAAUUUUCUACCUUCGUUGAAGGACUCGGUAAGCUGACAGAGCUGAGGGUGCUAGGAUGUGAUUUAAGGGGACAUUUGGAUGAGCGCUCGAUGAAAACUUUGGUGGGUUCUGUAUGCAAACUUGAGAAAAUCCAAAUCAUACAUCUUGAGGACCUCGAUGAGUGGUCCGAAAUGGAGACAGAUACCUACUGGGCAGGCUACAAGCCCCCUCGGGAACUCCGGGAUCUGUCAAUGUCGAGCACUUUCAGUAGGCUCCCGGCGUGGAUUAAUUCCUCGCUGCUGCCGAACCUCUCCAAACUAAAAAUGGAUCUGUAUCAUUUUGAGGAGCCGGAUGUGGUCAACCUGGGGGGCUUGCCAAAGCUUUGUGACAUGGGAAAUUUGUGGAUAGACUCAUACAUUGAGUUCCCUGAUGGCGCGUUCCCCAAGUUGAGGUACUGCGGGAUACAUGCACCUUUCUGGUUUCUGCCGGGAAGCAUGCGGAGCCUUGAAUGCAUUACGUUUGGCUUCGGCACAAUGUGGUACAUGAGGGAUGCCGUCAUUGAUUUUGACUUUAUUAGUACCCUGGUGAACCUCCCUUCCCUCCGGUGGGUCUUCGCUAAUAUCGACUGCCAUGGUGCCCGUGCUUCUGAUGUGGAGAAGAUGGAGGCAGCUGUGAGGCAAGCAAUCGACAAUCAUCCCAACCAUCCCACGCUUGAUCUCGACAUGAGUGGUGACCCUCGGAUGAUAAAAGAACCAGCCUCCCCUCUUCUGCAUCAUGCUACUAGUGUUGGUACGUCUGCUCGGGAGGACAACAAAGAAUCGAGCUCCCAAGAGACACAACAAGAGUUCGACGACGACGAUGACAACCGCAUCAAACAAAAGCCGGAUCUGGAGCAGAAGAAGCAAGAUCAGGUGCUCCAUGGGAUGAUCACCAAUUCACCAUACCAUGCCACACAUGUUUUUGCACUCGUGCUCAAGUUUCUGAAUUUUCCUCACUCUUCCUUCCAUUUAACUUAUCAAUCUCUUGUAUGUAGUCCCAUGAAGGCCAGGCGUCGGAUUCCACCAAGGCAGAGCCGGAGAACCAACGCGAAGCCAACGAUGUCGACCCUGAUGCAGUGGAGAAGUGCUCAGUUCUCGACGUCCACCCCAGCUCUCCUGUCCCUCGCCUCAGUUUUGGCAUGUCUGCUCCAUCACCAGCGCACACAACAACCGCCGGUGUCAGUAACUCUGCUCAGGCGAUCAACGAGAAGGAGGAGGAAGAAGAAUCGCAGGCAGACCGACAGGAACAGCCGGCCGAGGAACACGAAGAAGCCGAGGACGGUUCAGCAGAGACCGUGCACGCAGUCGUCGCCACUAGUGUUGCAGAAAGCAGUGAGGCCGCCGCUGCUACGCCUGCUCCUCCUGUGCCCGCUCAACCAAGGUGGAGGCGUUGGGCGUGCUUUAGUUGCCUCAAGUCCGGCAGCAGUUCUUCUCACUAGUGUGGUGCUCUGAAGAUGGCUCAGGACUUCUGAAUAAUUGCGUUGCUGUGGUUAGUAGUCGGUUGAACUGCACUACUUUUGUUGGAACUUCUUAAGCUGUUUGUUGCUAUUGUUUGGCUUGCAAUAGGAUACUGUGAUGCGCCAGGUUUUUUGCCCCGUAGUCUAUGUUUGGCCUAGAUCGAUCAGGCAUAGACAGCGGGUUUUCCUGGCGGGUUUGAAUUAUCCUUUUCCAUUUACACAUGUUAAGACUUGGUUGUUUCUUUUUGUUUGAGGAAUGGACUUGGUUGUUUGGGCUAUGCUUAUAACAAGUAUUGCCAACUGGACUAUGCUCAUUUGAGAGAA